AUGGCGGAGAGCGCAAGCGAAGGUUACACCCCUGACUUGACGCCCCCCAGCUCGAGUCGCAGCAGAGCGGCAGCAGAGAGCGUGAGGAACGAAGGCUUCCUCGAGAUCCGCGUCAGCAAUGGAGAAUGGCUGCCGUGCUACGUGGUGCUGGACGAUCAGCUGAGGGCGUACAACGACGACAGAGACUUCAGGGAGGGCAGGCAGGAGCUGCUGGUUGUCGACCCUGAGAGAGCCCGAGUGGAAGCGCGUUCGGAGGACGACGAUGAGCACAUCUUGCAUGUGGAGUCGAAGGACGAGUCGCUGGACAUCUUGUUUCACGACAGGAUGACCAUGAUGCUGUGGAAGGCAGCCAUGUCAGGCUCGGAGUCGGAGACGCAGACGUUCCAGAGCAACGGGAAGAUCCAAGGCCAUCUGAUGAUCAAGUCCCAGAAGUUCUUCAAGACAAGAUGGGACAAGUGA